GCUAUCCUGAGUGGCUAUGGCACUACACGGCUAUAGGCCUGACUGUUGGCGGCAUACGGUGCGCUGGGUUCUGAUGUCGGGCGAAGGCCCUCAGAUCACUACGGUCCUGAACUACGACGGGGGAGAGGUAGUCCGACUGAAGGUCUGCAUAGAAGGGGGGAGACAGGAGGAGAUGCGAGGUGACCAGAGGUUGCAGGCUGCCAUUUCCGAAGCUCGUGACAGGGCGGAGCGGAGGUGCAGGCGAGAUGGGGUGACCGUGGGCUUGAGGGUGUCGGUCAUCUAUCACGAGACCGAGUCAUCAACUGGGACCGAGACAMRGGAGGAACAGUACAACGAGAGAGACUCAGGUGGGGAGAGCGAAAUGAGUGAGGCRRACCGGGAAACUGACCUCAGGUCCUGGAUCAGGCCAGGUGAGAUCCAGAGGCACCACCGAGCCGCGGAGCCGGUGGAAAAGGGACCCGAGGCCAGCUCACGACAGCUGACGUCCAGAGGCCGAGGGACAG